UUCGUGUCGGAUCUUGAAUUCUAUCAUACUUUGAUGCGUACGCGAAGUUUGCGAUACUGCCUUAAGUUUGACUUUGAUUCUGUCGAUUACCUCCUUCCAAAUUGUAAAUACAGACGUUUUGGGGGUGACUUCUUAAGUUCGCGAACUCUCGCUGUUCCUAGUGUGCCCCGUGACCUUUCACUUCUAUUCGGACCACAGAGGGGAAUUCAAGGGCAUCUGUGGUUAUACAUCUGUAACGAAGAACAAUGUUAAUUUCACCGGAUUGGCCUCGCCAUCACGAUAAGUCUGCGCAGGGAAACAUGGCAAAGAUCGGGAUUAAUGGAUUCGGCCGUAUUGGGCGCCUUGUUUUGCGUGCAUCAUUGCAGAAGGAUGUUGAAGUAGUCGCUGUCAAUGACCCUUUCAUCGAUGUCAAGUACAUGGUGUACAUGUUCAAGUAUGAUUCAACACACGGUCGUUUCAACGGAGAUGUUCAUGAAGAAGGUGGCAUGCUGGUGGUGAACGGGCGCAAAAUCCAUGUUUUCCAGGAGAUGAAGCCUGCUAGCAUCCCAUGGGGAAAAGUUGGAGCUGAGUAUGUGGUUGAAUCCACUGGUGUGUUCACCACAAUUGAGAAGGCAAAUUUGCACAUUGAAGGGGGUGCCAAAAAAGUUAUCAUCAGUGCUCCAUCUGCUGAUGCCCCGAUGUUUGUGAUGGGCGUCAACCAUGAAAAAUAUGACCCAAGCAUGAAGGUUGUCAGCAAUGCUUCUUGCACCACUAACUGCCUUGCCCCCUUGGCAAAGGUAGUGCACGAUAACUUUGGCAUUGUGGAGGGCCUCAUGACCACAGUCCAUGCGACAACUGCGACCCAGAAGACCGUGGAUGGCCCAAGCCACAAGAACUGGCGCGAUGGCCGUGGAGCUGCCCAGAACAUUAUUCCAGCAUCAACUGGUGCUGCUAAGGCUGUGGGCAAGGUGAUUCCGGAACUGAACGGGAAAUUGACUGGCAUGGCCUUCAGAGUCCCGACUCCUGACGUGUCUGUGGUCGACCUGACUUGCCGUCUCGCUAAAGAGGCAUCUUACGAUGAGAUCAAGGCUGCCAUGAAGGCGGCCGCUGCGAGCGACCACUGGAAGGGAAUUCUUGGCUACACUGAGGAUGAAGUGGUGUCUACUGACUUUCUGGGAGAUUCCCACAGCAGCACAUUUGAUGCCAGGGCUGGCAUUUCUCUCAACAAGAACUUUGUGAAGUUGAUCUCUUGGUAUGACAACGAGUAUGGGUACAGUAACCGUGUUUGCGACCUCAUCAAGCACAUGAAGAGCAAGGACAAGUAAAGGAAUAACGCCAACAGCACCUUGUCAACCUUCCAUCAGGCUAAAAUCUAGUAGUCUAAAGAAAUAAAAUGUACUUCCCGUAA